AUGGACGUGGCAGAAUACACGAACUCUCGAAAGAUCUGUGUUCGAUUCAAUCAUUGGGAAGUGGAAACGAUCGAUGAUCGGUUCUGUGUAAACAUGGGCAGCAUGCUCGGCUGGCCAUUCCAAAAUUUGCCCGACUCUCAGAACUCGAAGCAUUUGGGAGGAACUUUGUCCUUGUCGACAGCAUCGUCGCCGAACUCUAAAUAUCCAGACAAUGAUAUUGAAGACCACCAAAAUGCGCUUGUGCAGAGCAUGGAAGUUGGUCAGUUCGAAAGCCUGGGCACACCAACAACCUCACUGUCUGUUGAUUCGUGCAACGACGAGCAAGCGGAAACCCCAGACUCGACCGAAACGCCAGGUCGAGAUCCUCGUGAUGAGCCCUCGGGCACGAGUCAUGGUAGUGAACCUACAAUAUCGCUCGACAGCAAUGCUCCUAAGUCUUACAGCGAGCCAGCAGUUUGUCAAAAGCCCGAUGUGUCUGAUUCAAUUGCACCUGAAUGGCAGAGGCCUAAUGCCAUUCAUCCAGAACCAUUCACACAACAGAAUGAUCUUAGGAAUGGUGAAGCUGCGCUAGUACAGACGAAUGAACUAUCUACGAAAGGCGCAGUCAUUGGUGGCAUUGACGCAACUAAAUUGCCCAGUGCGACACAAGGUAUGCCAAAAAUGCCCCCAACACAGGCGGCGUCAAUUCAGCGAGACUCUGGUAGCUCUAGGGAUGUCGACCAAAACCCGCAUGCUAAGAGAACGUCGUAUACUGGGGUGGCCAUUCAUAGCCAAGACAUUCUGGUGCUACGAUGGCGUGAUGCUGGACACGACUGGCCGUGGGUACUGGAGCAGCGUCAGAAACAUGGGUUUGAUCGGAAAGAUGCAAAAUCCUUGUCCAAACGCCUUACUAAAGUGAAGAACGCUCUACGGGAUGCUGGAAUGUCUGACAAUAUUCCGCUGCUGGACAAGGUCGCCUCAGGGGACGUUGAGGCAAAGCAAAAAGUGAACGCACUUGUAAAGGCAUCUCGAGGAUCAAAGCACUUGACGAACAAGGGACAACACUUGCGAAGUGGCCCAGUGGAAAGUGGAGGGAUUCCUAUGCUGUCUGGGGCAGGCAAGAUUUCCUGCACUGCCGUCCACAGGAUAGCAGACUCUUUGGAGACUGAGACUGGGCCUUACUCGCGAGCAACAACAGGUGGGAAAACGAUUUUUGCAGAUAUCAACGCUCUCGAAUCGAUCGCUUCAGACACGGAGAAAGACUGUGAUACUUCGACUCGUCAACUGGUUGCCAAAGACGAGAGCCCAGAACCCUCGGAAUUGUGUCCAGAAGACUUCUGCCAUUAUGCUUAUCAGGUCGUACGUCAAGAGCACUACAGCGCCGAUGCAACAAAUGUACAAGAAGCGAUUAAUGCAGGAGACUCUGCUUGGAUGCUCUGCGGAACUUACGAUAGUCUGUGUCGAAGCAACAAGGCCGUCAUCAAGGAGGCGUUGAGACAUGAUCCCGUAAAGCCGGGCUUCGCCGAUGGCCCUGAUUGGACACUUAAGCAUGAGACGAGCGGCGAUGGAGAGCUGAUUUGCACGGUUUUCAACCUUGGCGUAGGGGCGCUUCGUGUACGCACGAAACGUUUUCUGAGAACAUUCUAUGAUGGCAUCCCGCCGAAAUCCAAGAUCGGAUGGUUAUCGAAAAGUGUCUACACUGUACACAAGCAGACUGCCAAGACUGAGGUGGUCGCAGAUGAUCUGUUCGGUGAAGAGACGAAUUCAUACUUCGAAGACGAAAUGGUAGACAACGCCAUCUUCACUUCCGUGUAUAUGGCAAACGAAGUCGCCAUUGAUACUUUCGUCAAAGCCACUUCACAGCACACCACCACGAAGAUAAACGAUGUUCUCGAGGCUAUACAACAAGCCAAGCACAAGCUCACCAAUGAGAUCGACAUGGACGUCGAUCUUUUUGAUCGCGAGCUGGGAUCGAAGCGGGUUCGCGUUCGCAAGCGUGAGUUGCGAGGGCCGAGAAAUAUGUGA